AUGAAGUGGCUACUUGCCUUCCCACUUGCUGCAGCCUCCGAGACUGCCCAGCGAUGCGACUUCGAAGUCGUUCAGGCAGACAAGCUGCGCCCCGGCUUCGAAAACGAGUAUACGCAUCCCAUCCUCAUCCAGGGCACUCCUUGGAACAGAGAGCAAGCGUCGCUAGCCUCCUUCCGGCGUGUAUUUGGCAACUACACCGUGCGCUUGACCCGCAACCUGGAGUUUCAAUCCAGAGCGGGCGUGAAGCCUGAAGCAAACACGAGUACCUAUGACGCUUGGGCAGACUCGCUUUUCCAUCAGGAGAGUGUUCCUUAUGUCUUCGAGUUCUGCAACAGAGACCUCUGUCAGCAAAUUGAGUCUACCUUUGGUAUCCCAACCUACCUGAAGAAUUCCUGCCUUUCGCUGUACCUGAAUACGGGGACGGUAGCAAAGGGAGUGGCCUUUCACCAGCACCGGCAGACUUGGGGAUGGCUGCUUGCUGGGCAGAAAGUCUGGUAUGUCGCUCCGCCAGGGACGCUGCCUUUCCAACCGCACAGACAUGUGGAAGAGGGCAAGCUACAAAGGUCCAGUGUGCAACGCUGUUUCCAAGAGGAAGGGGAGAUUGUGUUUCUUCCACAGGAUUGGUGGCAUGCUACUUUCAACAAGGCUGAGUGGAACCUCGCUAUAGGAGGUCAGGGGGACAUUAGCAGCAACGCGUUUGAAGCAGUGCGAGGGGCAGAUGCUGCAAAGAUUCGCAAAUUGCCCAAAGAGGAGAUCAAAGGCGUCCUCCAGUCGGCUGUGGAGAAUGGCCAUGGGGAG